GCGUAAUGGAAGGGAACUUCUCGACACCACAGAUCAUGCAUUCGAUGUUCUCGACACCGGAGACCAUGAGUCCCGAGACGCACAUGCGCUUGGCAGAACCGUUUCCUCCUUGUGCGAAAUCCGUGAGGCACUUCAACGGCGUGACUUCGAUCCACGGAGCCACCAUAGAGGACUUCGAAGAGGACUCGUGGAUGACCGUCGUCCCGUGCAUGGGCAAGCAUCUUGACGGUUGGCACGAUGUCAAUUGGGCCGCGAUGGAGAGUCGAUGCCCCUGGGCAAGCCAGUACAAGUUCGCCAACAUGUUGAAGUUUGGAGACCUCAUCACGCUGCCUGACGCUGUCCUCGGACACAAGUUCCUGAGCCACACAAUGUCUACGUCAAGAGGCGAGGAGCAGUCUACGGGGACCUCGGGGAGGGAGUCGACGAACGCAAACUCGUGGUCGAAUCAUGCGCACACGAAGUGGUUCGUUGAUUGGUGCUUUGCCGAAGAUGACGAGCCCAUGAAACCGCCUUGUGGUCCUGUCAUCUUCGUGGAAGACAGAAAAGGACGAAGAGUGCUCGGCUCGGUUACGGGAUGGCAGCCAUCGAAAAACCACGACAAACGAUGCUACUUGAUGCGUGUCGUUUACAAUUCGAAGGGCGACGUUAUGGCAGGUGCGAAAGGGGCGAUUCUCUCGUGGGAUCUGUUCCAGGGGUUUGGUGGGGGGGCUUUGAGGACCCCUUUCUACACUGAAGUCGAGGAGGGAGGUCUUGUUUCGGCCAGGGAGUUUUUUGACGAGGUCGAGAGGAGCGACUUCGACCUCGACGAUCCCUGCCAAAUUUCGAGCGACCUGGAACUGUCGCUUAAUGUGCAAAUGUGCUCCGGGCUCGUUUCCAGUGGUUCAGUACAGCCCCGACAGGGUAAGGAAAUGGGUUCCGGUGGUUCAGUACAGCCCCGACAGGGUGAGGAACGCGGUCGCUUCGAUGACAGUGAGGAGGAAGAAGAGGAGGACACGCGAGUUUCGCCGCAAAGACUCGGAGAUCGUGGGACGCUGAGAAUUCCGGGGGCUGAGAGAGGGGCAACGGUCGUCAAGCAGUCGUGGACGUCGGGUGGUCGUCUCGGCUUGGGGUCGGAGGACAGGACAGUUGGCGUCGUUUCCGGCGGGGAGGGAGGGGAACAGCAGUCUACACAAAAGAGAAGGGGAGGUUCUGAGGGGGAGGCGUCGGGAGCUAAAACGAAGCAGAAGACAAAGACCCCACAACAGUCAGGUGGGAAAAGGAAGGGAGUUGAGGGGCAUGUCGGCGCGUCGAGUCAAAAGCGCCCGGCCUCGGCUCAGAAGCCACCCCAGUCGGCCCCUGUCCAGCCCAGAGGUGUCAUCGACAUCGACGCGGCAUACUUCCUGGAAUGGAAAAACGGCGUGCGAACAAAGCGGGAGUUCGCCAUUAACCUGUCGCAAGUCAUCGACAUCGGCGAGUGGGAGGCGGCAUACAACCAGCGUUCCUUGGAUCACGUGCAAAUACAGGCCAUUAUUGACGCAAUGACGACGGCCUACUCUCAGACCAAGAAGACUUACGAGCUGCCGACACUAAAGCUCGCGCCUCUCAGGCUGGUUAAACCGACGCCCGGGGUGCGGGCGGAUCGUCUGAAGCCGGAGGACUGGAAGGACGAGCUCGCAGGGCAAUAUUACUACGCUGUGGCGGGCCAGCAUAACGCGGCUGCGGCCAGGGCGCUGCUUGGCACCGAUGUGGCGGUGAGGUACAACUUUGAGCGCUGGCCUGCACGAAUGGUGUACUUCUCGGACGAGGACUUUGAGGGGUACUUUCUGGUCAGCGGCGAGGACCACAAGAAAGACCUGAAGGGCCCUCCGAAGCAGCUGAAACUCUCCAUGACAGACAUUCGGUGGUGUUGGAAGGAAUUGGGUUACCCGAAAGCUGUUAUGGGUAACCCCAGCGGGAAACAGGCGCAGGUGGAGGCAUGGCGAAGAUUUUGUGCGGAGGUGCUCCACAGGACGCCGUACAAUCACUUGUGGACUCUCGCCGAUGACAAGACCGAGCAAGAACUCAAGAAACAGAACGCUGCCCUUCGAUCCUAUUUCCCGCUCGCGAUGGCAGGGAAAAGCGCAUUGGAAACCGGGAUGGAAUUUUUUGAGAGAUGGGAUACGGGUAGACUGCUGGCACUGGAAGGAGCGAAGUGGAUCGCGAAGAAGAAGAAGUUGCAGGGCCUCAAGCCAGGCGACGACUUGCGGGAGAACACAUCUGUUGUCUACGACGCGAGGUUGGCGGCGGGUGAUGCUGCCGCGGUGGGGCCACUUCAGAAAGUGACUCCCGCUGAGAUAUCCGACAUGCCGUUCGACGCUUGUGAAUGGCCCGUCGUGAUACAUGGGCGUGAUCCCGUGGUGUACAAGGGCCAUGAGCGGAACACCACACAAUUCGCCCGUCUGCUGGAAUUCCUUUGCAAAAAGGGGGACAGCAUCAUGUUCCUCGGGAAAGCGCACGCACAAGUCGUGUGGGAGGUUUUGAAGGGUGGUCGCAACGUCAUCGCGUUGGAGGGGAAUUCGGAGUGGUUGCUAUUCACGUUAAAUUUCCUGAAAACCGCGGUCAACUCGGGAGCAUACCGCUGCGAGUUCAUUACGAAGAGUGAGAAGCCGAGACGCGUUUGGGAUCCUUCGACGGACAUGUGGUUCAAGCUAAGCGCCCGGAAAAGGAGCAGGAUCUACGAGUUCCUCUUCUUGGAGAAGCGGCCAGGGAGGGGCACCGACAUCGAGUAUAUGCGCCGCAAGGAACACAUGUUGGCGCUGCUAGACAACUAUCACGGCGCCACGCGCCUGAACGCAAAGAACUUCCUGGACCGAUUGGAGUUAUUGUACUUUGUCGAAUCCGAGCCAGUCCUGAGGCUCGAGAGUUACGGUGCCUUGAUCGACGCCGACGAAGAGUCCCUCACCAGUGUUGUCUUAGACACUGGUGCACCUGAGGAGGAUAGCGACACCGAGGAAAUUGACAUCGACUACCGCCUUGCUCCGGUGCUCCCAUCCCCGCCUCCUCGGCACGACCACACGCGUUCCACGGAGGCAGACUGGGGUCAUGACAUGAUUUGGCACCCGGGGACGAUCGAGCCCACAAUUCGGAAGGGGGAGUGGGUCAUGGCCAUAGUCGACACUGACGGGGAAUGGAAGCCAUCCGAGCGCCUGGCCAAGUCCGACUACUUGGAUAUCGUGAGGAGUGCUGUGUUGGACAAAGUGACGUUAGAGAACAGCAACCUGCAGCCUGCCGACCCGGCCAUCAUUGCCACUGCUGAUCGCUUGUUUCGGGAACUUCAUGACAAGCAGUGGUUGGAACUAUCUGACGAUUUCUACGACCUCGAGACAAGCCCUUCGAAGAAAAAGGUGAACUGGAAAGUACCCCCGUCGACAGGGACCCAGGGUAGUGUGGGAGGAGGACCUCCGACCCCGCCCGGGGCCGGAGGGGGGGGAGGCAGUGGCCACGAGGAAGGAGGUGGCGGAGGCAGCGGCCAUACGACAUCAGGGGGAAGCGCGCCGACAUCAUCGCUUGCCCCUGGCGGUCAGGGCAGGAUCGCGCACAGCGGCGUGGGGGAAGGGGGGGUGAAUGUCACACACUCCCCAACAGCAAGGAGCGGCAAGUUGGGGAAGUUCACCCGCAUCCGAACUUCGCAGACGGAGGACCCAGUGCCCAUGGAGGCAGCGAAGUCGGUCGGCAUCUGCACUUCGACGACUCUGGAGCAGGCGGCCCUUCCCUCGUGGACUGCUUUCGGCUCCUCCAGUGAAGUGGGGCGGGGCUCAUGUGCAGGGGAUCCAGUCUCCGCCGUGAAGGGCAAGUCCGCGGGCAUCCCUACCGGGGCGGACGACGUUUAGGCGAGUGUACCGGUCCAGUGGAGCUCUACAGGAGCACAGGCGUCAGAAAUGGGCGCCGCCCUAGCUGUG